AUGGCAGUUAGGGUUUCUAACAAGUCUCUCCUCCUGGCACUUCUUCUCGUACUGUUGAUUUGCUCUCCUACUCAAGCACGAAGCUUACGAGAAAUCGUGAGGACGAAAACACCAGUGGCUGUGGUCCUUGUGGAUAAGGAUCAAGAGACUCGGGACUCAAGGCAAGACGGAGGAGGAAGUGAAGGCGAUGGUUUGGUGGAUAUGGAUUAUAAUAGUGCGAACAAGAAACGACCGAUACACAAUCGCUAA